AUGGCGACUUCACCCGCCGGCCGCAUGCUUUCCCGACAGCUAUCGCAGAUGCAGUCCGAUAAGGACAUCCCCGGCAUCAGCGUUGGCCUGGUCGAUAAUAACGUCUUCGAGUGGGAAGUCAUGCUCAUGAUAUCGGACGACGUCAAGCUUUAUGGAGGCGGUUUCUUUCGUGCUCGCCUUUCCUUUCCUUCGGAAUACCCGCAUAUGCCACCCAAGAUGAAGUUCGAGUCUCCCCUCUUCCACCCGAACAUCUACCCGAACGGCGAGGUCUGCAUCUCUAUCUUGCACCCACCCGAGGAGGAUAAGUACGGUUACGAGUCUGCCGCCGAGCGCUGGUCGCCCGUGCAAACCCCCGAGACCAUUCUCCUGUCCGUGAUCUCGAUGUUGUCUAGCCCGAAUGAUGAGAGCCCGGCAAACGUGGAGGCGGCCCGACUGUGGCGCGAGGACCCGGCCGAGUUCAAGAAGCGUGUCCGCCGCUGUGUGCGUGAGAGCACUGGAGAGGAGUAG